UUGGCUGCACUUCAGGACCCUCCCCCGUUGGAUGCGACUGGUCUCUCUUUCUCUCUUUACACUCUUCUAAAUGUUUGCACCGCUUGAAGACUUUUCUAAGUGUAUGAGCCCUUGAAAACAAACGCAUUUUUUUUUUCAAUCUCAAUUUCGUCCAUGGGAGUUGGUUUCGAGCUGCGCUAUUAAAGCGACAGAUUAUCCGGGAGUUCUUGGCCGGCCGGGAAGGACCAUGCCGACUCUACAUAGCUCCACUGUCCUACUGCUUUUGAGCUUCCUGAUUGGUCUAAGCUACCCACUGAACCCAGGAGAUCCCAAUGUGUGCAGCCUGUGGGAGAGCUUUACCACCUCAGUAAAAGAGUCCUACUCACAUCCUUACGACCAUGUGACGGAGGAGCCCUGCUCCGACCCUCGGACCUCCUACAGAUGCAUGCGCCACAGGAUCACCUACAAGACUGCCUACAGGCAGGCGGUGAAGACAGACUACCGUAAGAGGUACCAGUGCUGUCCAGGCUAUUACGAGAGCAGAGACAAAUGUGUCCCUCGCUGCACCAAGGAGUGUGUCCAUGGUCGAUGUGUUGCUCCAGACCGCUGCCAGUGUGAGGGAGGCUGGCGCGGCGACGACUGUUCUAGCGCCUGUGAUGACAAACACUGGGGGCCAGUCUGCAGUCGGCAGUGCAAGUGUGAGAACGGAUCUCUCUGUGAUCCCGUCAAGGGGACGUGUCAGUGUCCUCCAGGGUUCAUAGGCCGCUACUGCGAGGAGUUUUGUCCAGCAGGCACUUUCGGGAAGGGCUGUCUACAGAAGUGCAAGUGUGGGACCGGAGGAUCCUGUGAUAAAGCAACCGGAGAGUGCAUUUGUCGGGACGGAUUCACCGGGACUUUCUGUGAGAAGGCGUGUCAUAGGAAAUGCCAGGCACGAUGCUCCUGCCAGAAUGGUGGAAUUUGUAAAGGCAAAGGGAUCUGCGAUUGCCCACCUGGAUGGACGGGUGCAUUUUGCACAGAGCGAUGUUCAGAGGGAAGGUUUGGACAAAACUGUGCUCAGGAGUGUGUGUGCCACAACAGAGGCAAAUGUGACCCCGAAUCUGGACAGUGCCAGUGUGCUAAAGGUUUUACUGGGAACAGGUGUAAUGAGGAAUGUGCAGCAGGCACUUAUGGUCAGGACUGUAAAAGUGUGUGUGACUGUGCUAACGGCGCACGCUGCUACAACAUCGAUGGAGGGUGCCUGUGUGAGCCAGGCUUCAUUGGUUCACACUGCAGAGACAGGAUGUGUGAUCCCGGUCAAUACGGCAUGCACUGUGAACGCACGUGUCUCUGCCAGGACAAACACACACUCAGCUGCCAUCCAAUGAAAGGAGAAUGCACGUGCCAGCCAGGGUGGGCAGGACUGUUUUGUAACGAGACCUGCGCUCAUGGUUUCUAUGGUCAUGGUUGCCUGGAGCCGUGUCUGUGUGUGAAUGGUGGGGUGUGUGAUAGCGCCACAGGACAAUGCCAGUGUGCCCCUGGGUAUACGGGGGUUCACUGUGAGAGUCAGUGCAAAAGUGGGACCUAUGGCAAGAACUGCUCUCUGGAGUGCUCCUGUGAAAACUUUAUCGACUGCUCACCAGUUGACGGGACUUGCUUCUGCAAGGAGGGCUGGCGUGGGCCGGACUGUUCCACCCCCUGCUCUGAGGGAACCUGGGGCCCAGGAUGCAACACCACCUGCCACUGCGCCAACGGGGCAAAAUGUAAUCCUGCAGAUGGAUCCUGCACAUGCACAGCCGGCUGGCAGGGGGCGCACUGUGACCAACCGUGCCAGAUGGGCACGUUUGGGCCAGGCUGCCUGAAGAGGUGUGAUUGUGUUCAUAAUGACGGCUGCCAAGCUACCAACGGGAAAUGCCACUGUCUGCCAGGUUGGUCGGGUACUCGCUGUAACGAGCCAUGUUCAAAGGACCUGUGGGGGCGCCACUGUAACCAGUCCUGUUUGAAGCAUUGCCCCAACAGUGACACAUGCUUGAGGGAAACUGGAGUGUGUGUGUGUCGUCCAGGCUACUGGGGAGACACCUGCCAAAACAAAUGCGGAGCUGGUAAGUAUGGUGACCUGUGCAGCAUGUCAUGCCCAUCCUGUGGCCAGUCGAACCGCUGCCACCAUGUGACAGGAGAGUGUGAUUGCCUACCUGGAUACACUGGACCCAACUGUGAUCAAGUUUGUCCAGCUGGCUACUAUGGCAAACAGUGCUCUGAAGUGUGCGUUAACUGUGCCAAAAACUCCACAUGCGACCACCGGGACGGUCACUGUGAAUGUUUGCCUGGCUGGACUGCUUCUGACUGCUCCAUACGUGAGCCCUGUUAAUUGUUUUGCUUAAAAUACGUAUAUUCAACAACAAAUUCAAUAAAUUCUCUUUUCACCUCCUGUUUGACAGACUCGUCUGAGCAGUCGUGGAGCGUUAUGGUCCCCCUUCCUCCUGGUGAGAGGGAGUCGUGGGGAGCCAUUAGCGGCAUCGUCGUGCUCGUCAUCCUGGUGGUUUUGCUGCUGGCUCUGCUGCUGCUCUACCGCCGCAGGCAGAAGGACAAACAGAACAACACGCCGACCGUGUCCUUCUCCACCAGCCGCACAGUCAACUCUGAAUACGCAGUUCCAGAUGUUCCUCACAGUUAUCACCACUACUACUCCAACCCCAGCUACCACACACUGAUCCAGAACAGGCCUCCGCUGCCACACCUCCCCAACAACCAUGACCGCACCAUCAAGAACACCAAUAACCAGCUGUUCUGCAGUGUGAAAAACAUGGAGAGGGAGAGACGGGGCCUGUUUGGGGUUGAGAGCAACGCCACCCUACCUGCAGACUGGAAACACCACGGGCCUCGCAAAGACUCAGGAGCUUUUGGAAUCGAUCGGAGCUACAGCUACAGUGCCAGCCUCGGAAAAUACUACAGCAAAGAGCUGAAGGACGCAGUGGCGGUGAGCAGCAGCUCACUGAACAGCGAGAAUCCUUACGCUACCAUCAAAGACCUGCCGGGCUUGCCCUUCUGCCACCCAGAGAGCAGCUACAUGGAGAUGAAGUCAGCCGUGCCCAGAGAGCGAGCGUACACCGAGAUCAGCCCGCCGCCGUUCAACACCGCCACCUUCCGCAGAGAACGUCAGAGUUCGCUCGGUCACGCUCCGCAUGAGGAUCCCCAGAGCCACUACGACCUCCCCGUGAACAGCCACAUCCCGGGACACUACGACCUGCCGCCUGUCCGCCGCCCCCCCUCCCCCAGGAGAGCACCUCAGUGAUAGUCACAGCAGAAGAGCAAGGUUCCCUCCUCCUCACUCUGGGGAUGAUUUUAGGCCUGUGCUCGCAAAGACAGAGCAAACCUUUACGCUCUUCUUUGAUAAGCAGAGCUGCAGACUGGCAUCUAGUCCCACGGAGGAACUAUUGUUUACUGCGGAUGCCGCCCCCCCCCUGUCAACCCAACACUGCCCCUCUGUGGGCUUAAGUGGUACUUGUUUCACCGUGACAGACCUGUCAUCCAGACUGGGGAGCCAGCAGGCUGCGGGGAGGAAGGUUGGACUGUGGCAACGCCAGCAGGGCUUCAGCUGCACACACCUCCCAUGGGAAAAAUAAGCCACAAGACUUCACUGUUAAAAGCAGGAACUUGGUCAUGUUUGUCUUUCUACUCAUCUAAACGUGCUGUUAUUAAAUUUCCCAGACAUUUUGCAUGUUCAAAAGAAAUAUUUUUUUCUGUCUUCAUCAUCAAAAACAUCUAAUUAACAAAUUGAAGAUUUCUUAAUUUAGGUAUUUUACUCUUUUUUUUAUCCCAACUUUAACAGGCAGCUUUGGAUGAACUCGGCACAGCUGGAGUUCUUUUUGAUUCGCUCAUUGAAAAACCAUGUCAUCCUUAUAGAAGGAAAAAGACAAAAGUCAUAAAGAUACACACAAGUUUGUUUUGCAUGUAUCUUGCCAGGCUUUGGGCUGAGACAUUAUUAAAAAAGGUUUUUAUUACUGAUAUUCAGGUUUCAGAAAUAGGGAGAAGUAAGGUGGUUUCAUUGAGACAACUGACACACAUGGCCCCUGUUGGUUUAAACAAAUUAUUGCUGCUGUCAGAUGAGAAUUUUGUAAAUAUAGAAAUGAAUGUUAGAGCCACAGUAAUGUAAAAGAGCAGCCCUAUUUUAAGAUGUUUAAAAGGGGUUUGUGACCAAAGAUUGCACAUGUAUGCUAAAUAGAUACCAAAAGCUCAUAAGCACAAACACUGUUUAUGUUGUGAAUAAUAAACCAUCAUCAAAUGGGGAAUUGCAAG